AUGACUCGUUCCCUUGUCUCGCUCGUGAAGGAAUAUCGCGUCUUCCGGAAUCCCGAUGUCGGAGCUCUGGACAAUCUGACCCGUCUACUCCAGCCCCAAUUGAAUUCACUAUUCGCUCGUUACACACUACACUCGUGUUCAGCGUCUUCGCUCUUCUUGUCGUCUGACGGCACCAAUGUUCGAUGCCGGAGUCUUCAUUCGGCACUGCGCCUGCACUUGGCAUUAACGUCAACCUCCACGCAUCGUAACGAACCAUCGGCCAGCAGUCAUACGAACGAGAAAAGGUCUUGUAAGGUGUCGGACGUAUCUAUCGGCGCUGUUCGUGCUAUGUUGGAUCCAUCAAAAUGUUCGGAGAUAUUGGAAGCGCUGUCCAUUAUCGUGCGUGGUAGCGGAGCUAACAAGGGCACGACGGAGACCGCAAAUUCUAGGUCUAUGAUAUCAGACACGCCUCAUGCGGCGCACAGUACUAAGUCUGUCCUGGAAAAGGACGUUAAGUUGGUCACGGUUAGCAGUAUCCAUAUAUGUCUGCCAGAUCACUCUGCAGCAGAAAAGAAGGAAGAUGAGCUGGAAGCUAGUGCUUGUAAUGAUCUGAUUGUUAUCGCGCGCGACUUUGCGUGGUCAGGAGCCAGUAAUCCGGGUCGCAAUGAGCGCUGUCAAUAUCUUGGCACGUUAUCCGUACAUUUGACACGACCAUCGAGUCAACUCACGCCGAUGACGCUUGUAGAAGCACUGGGGUUGAGUUGUUCAGUCAUGAAUAGCUCAGCUGAUGGAGACGUCAAUGUCAGUUUAUGCGCGAAUCUGGCCAAAUUGAAGCUCGGUAUGAGUACGUCUGCCGCGCAGGAUGUUGCGUCAAUGAUAAACAGCAUAGCAAGCCCUUUGGAUACCCCGUUACGUGGGAACCACUAG